CGCGAAGGAGAGAGGACACGCCAGUUUUUCUCUCUCUCUUCUCCUCCUCCCCUCCCUUCUCUUUUUCUCUCGUACGUUCUCGCUCUCUCUCGUUCGUUGUACCUGUUCGAGAGGGAGACGGAUAAGAUUUGAUAGAGUAAAUAAGAAGAAGAAGAAAGGAGAGAAAAAGGGAAAAUCCGACUGUUCGAGUUUCCGUUUUAAAAAGAGAGGAGAGGAAAUUUUCUUUCUUUUUUUUAUUGUGAUCGGUGGAAGAAGGAAGGAAAAGGGAAAAAGAAGGGAAGAAUUAUUGGAUUAUUCUCAUUAUCAUCGUUCGAGCAAAGGCGCUGGAAUUUAAAUACAGUCUGCUUGUGUUUUCGUCGGAUUUCGUUAAAAGACACUGGCAACUGAAGAGGCAGCGUCGAGGAGUUGGCCGGAGUGAGGAGUCGCGAGCGGCCCUGUCUUUCCCAGAAAUCGAGAGCCGUGUCAGAAGGACCUGUUAAGCCUGAUAGAAGGACCUGUUAAGCUUGAUAGAAGGACCUUGUCGAGCCUGGAAGAAGGACCUGUCUAGCCUGGAAGAAGGAACUCCCAGUCAGAAAUCCCUGUGAAGGAGAGUUUGGAAGUCCUGGCAAGAAGCCCUCGCCUGCCACGCCUGUCAAACCUUUGUCAAUUGGCCCGUCCAUAGAGAACCCUGUCAGAGCGCCCUGUCAAAGGUCAUGCAUUACAGGGCCGCGUGAGUGCAAGGUGCCAGGCCUUUCCCCACGGAGGUGCCACGAACUAUGGUCACGCGCAGAGAAAGCAGGUAGCGGGGAGCAGCAGGCGUGGUCGCGCUACUAUGUCCCCCUCGUCAUGGUUGGUCCUCUCCCUCCUCGUCGGUGCUGUCGCGGGUAGCCCCCUGUCCCCCACGCUCACCCACGAUGCGGCAGACGACCCACUCGACCCCCUGUAUGUCAACGAGGACCAGGACGCCCCCAGUGACCUCGGAGUGGGCGUGGCGGGGCGCAGUCAGAGGAGCCUCGACAUGCCUGAACCCACCACGCAGGAGGAGAGGGACAAGAUAGAGGCGUUUGAUCCCUCCAGACUCAACUACACCAGCCUCCGCCUCGAAUUGGACGCAGAGCUGGCGAGGAUAAACAAGCGCGAAGGGAGGACGAUUCGUGAGUCGCGGCUGCCCAGUUUCCUCUCCAACCUGGGGAAGUUCCUCGACUUUGAGAUGGUGGUGAAAGAAAUCGAGACGUCGAUUAUGUCCACCAUGUCGUGCAACGCGUGCAAGGCCGGUGUUGGUCUCCUGCAGCACUAUGUUGAAAACGGCAAGACGAAGGAGGACAUUAUUAGAGCUGCCUCAAAGCUCUGUACUUCCUUCAAGAUUGAGACGCCCAGAGUGUGCUUUGGGGUGAUCCACCUCAUGGCCGAUGAGGUUGUGUAUGUGAUAGAAAAUUUAGCCAUGAGCCCGGAUGAAAUUUGCGGCUUUGUCAUUGGAGACAUCUGCGGCACUCCAUACAACCCUUACCACGAAUGGCGGGUGGCUUUCCCCCCUAUUCAGAAGCCUCCCGUCCCUCGCCCUGAGCCUCCUCCGGAGGGAAUGCCAACCUUCAAGGUGUUGCACCUCUCAGACACGCACUUCGACCCAGAGUACCAAGAAGGUUCGAAUGCAGACUGCAAUGAACCCUUGUGUUGCAGAGCGAACUCAGGAGUAGUGAGAUCCCCAGAUAAGAGAGCUGGAUACUGGGGAGACUACAGGAAAUGUGACACACCUGCUAGGACCAUACAGAGCAUGUUGGAGAAUAUUGCUUAUCUACAUCCAGACAUCAACUACAUUAUCUGGACGGGCGACCUUCCUCCCCACGACAUAUGGAACCAAACCAGAGAGAGCAACUUGAACAUUCUGAGGUCCACUGUGCAGCAGCUCAUCAACUAUUUUCCUCACAUCCCAAUCUUCCCUGCUUUGGGAAAUCACGAGGCUGCUCCCGUAAAUAGCUUUCCGCCUCCCUUCAUUGUUGGAGACUAUGGGGUAAGUUGGCUCUACGACGAAUUGGACAAACAGUGGCAGCAUUGGCUCCCGCAAGAUACCUCUCCCACAAUAAGAAAGGGGGCCUUCUACUCUGUCCUUGUGAGACCGGGAUUCAGAAUAAUCUCACUCAAUAUGAACUACUGCAAUAAUAAAAAUUGGUGGCUGCUGCUCAACUCCACCGACCCGGCCCAGGAGCUCCAGUGGUUCAUUUACGAGCUCCAAAGCGCUGAGAUGAGAGGAGAGAAGGUACACGUCUUGGGUCACAUCCCUCCAGGCCACCAUGAUUGUCUUAAGGUCUGGAGCCAUAACUACUAUUCCAUCAUCAAUAGGUUUGAGUCAACAGUCACAGCACAAUUCUUCGGCCACACGCAUUUUGAUGAAUUUGAGCUCUUCUAUGACGAAUAUGAUAGGCACCGUGUAACAAACAUUGCUUACAUUGGGCCAUCCGUCACGUCUUAUUAUAAACUGAACCCUGGUUAUAGAAUAUACACAGUGGAAGGAGAUUUUGAAGGAUCACGGAAGCUUGUUACUGACCACGAGACGUGGGUCAUGAACCUCAAUGAGGCAAACAGGGAUGGUCAUGUUCGGUGGUACCAGCUGUACUCAGCGCAGCGAGCAUACAACAUGAGAAAUUUAUUACCACAAGAAUGGAAUCACUUGGUUCACAAGAUGAUGUUUGAUGAUGAAGUCUUUCAAAAAUAUCUAAGAUACUACUGGAAAAACUCAAUCGCGAGAGAAGAGUGUGAUGCCGAGUGCAAAAAGCGCAUGUUGUGUGACCUCAAGUCUGGCCGCUCCAACGACAGGAAGGUGACGUGUGCGAAGAUAGAAGCUCACGAGAAGCUCCAGGAACGCAACGACUGGACAAACUGGAUCUUCUCAGGGAUAACCGUUACGUCAUUGGCAACGUGGUGGUUUUGGGGCUGAGCUCGGCAGAUCAAGGAGAGAUUUUAGUUAAAAGAGUCUGUCUACUUAUAGGAUAAAUGUGUAUGUCUACUGAUAGGAUAAAUGUGUUAUGUAUCAAGGUUGAAAUUUAGUUUGUAAGGUGCAAGAUUUCUGCCUCUUGUUCUGAUACGUAUUAUUUAUUUAUCCCCACAUUGUUGUGAAGAAGCAGUGUGGAGCCGACGAGUAACAUAAUGCAUAAUUGUAUAUUUUCCAUUGUGUAUAUAGUUGUUAACAAUGUAAUUUUUAACUAUUGCUGUUUUGAUAUUGUUAAAACAUUGGCAUUCGAUUACAGAUGCUUAGUUUAUAAUAAACUGAUCUAGAAGUUUUUC